AUGGUCAACGCUGUUGGCAACGGUCACAACCGCCGUGCCCCAGACUACGUUACUGAAGUUGAUGCAUUCAAAGUCAAGCUCCACGAUCGGGACAGAUCUGACGCUUCAACCCACAUUCCUCAGAUCUACCAAGAUGAAAUUGUCAAGUUGCGGAGAAACCCAGAUGUAGCACCUGACGCCCUUCUGAGACUGAUUCCCAAAUACGAUGCCAUGAGGACGAGUAUGUACCGCCAGAGACACAAGACAGUACCAAGACUGCCCCAGACCUUACAGGACAUCGACCUACAGGACCAGUGGACCAGGACAGAGGCAGGGGAAAGAUUCUUACAUCGACUGGAGGGACAGUCUCCUAUCUUCAUAUUCACCACUGACCAGAAUCUAGAACUGCUAAGUGAUGCUGACGUCCUAUUUGCUGACGGGACUUUCUCAACAUGCCCUAGGCUCUUCGACCAGAUAUAUUCCAUCCAUGCUGAAUUCCAAGGACAUAUGUUGCCACUCGUGUAUGGACUCAUGUCAGACAGAACCGAGGACUCAUACACACGGAUGUUUACCUAUCUGAAGCAGACCUCGGCGAACCUAGGACAUCAGCUGGUACCAACAACUUUCCAGAUGGACUUUGAGCGUGCGUCCCACAAUGCUGUUGCUGUUGUCUUCCCUGGAACCCAGAGACGUGGUUGUUUUUUCCACUACACACAGUGUAUAUGGCGUCGUGUCCAAAAGAUCGGACUAGCAACUGAAUACAAACACGAUGAGGAUGUAACCAAGCUUGUGAGACGAGCGGCUGCACUUCCCCUUGUGCCCGAGGACAAAGUUGAAGACGUUUGGGUAGACGCCAUCGGUAAUGCUCCUCAAGGUGAAAAGGCAACACAGCUGAUGGACUUAGUCACGUCAACCUGGAUCGAAGGCUCUUGGCCACUGUCUAUGUGGAACCACUUUGGCAAUGAUGGACAUCGUACCAACAACAAUCUUGAAGGCUGGCACCAUAAAAUAAACAAAUUUGCAAAGAAAACCCAUCCGAACAUCUAUGAACUCGUACGUCUCAUUCAGAAAGAACAGUCAGUGGCUGAGGUUAAGAUCUAG